UACGCAGAGUCGCAGAUCGAUAGUCUAGAGUCAGGCUUUGAGCUUUGACGGUAGUUCGACGGACAGCUGUUCGUCUUUUCAAAUCUUCUUCGUCCUUCUGGUGGUGUUGGCGGCCAGUUGAGUUCCAGGGAGAAGAAUCUAGAGCAUUCAGUCCCCUGCUCAAAAUUUUAAAGUACCUAGCAUAUUAAUACAAGGUCUAUAUGAUGUCUUCUCCACAAGAGAAUGCAGAGAAUAUUGACACAAUUUCAACUGCCACUAAUCAUGAUAUGGAUUGUGGUUCACAAGUACCAACUGAUUCAAGCCAACAAGAAGUGAACAAUGACCAAACUAAUGAGGGUAAUCAAGACAAUUCUAUUAUUCAAAGGAAAAGGAAGAAGACAUCAUAUGUUUGGGAUGACUUUGUACUUACCGAGAUCAGCAAAGGAGUGACAAAAGCAGUUUGCAAACACUGUCGGGGCAAGUUUGCCUACUCGGGGAAGGGAGCUAGCACGAGCCACUUGAAGAGACACAUGGAUAUUUGCUUGAAGAGGAGUUUAAACUUAGCCAAACAAAAGAUGCAAUGCAUCAUUCCAUUUCAACCCUCUGCCACAACAAUCAAUCCUUUUCAGACACCGGGCGUUAGAUAUUCAAAUGAGAAGAUGAGAGAAAUAAUUGUGACAGCAAUCAUGAUACACGAGUACCCUUUUAGCAUUGUUGAGGAUGAAGUUUGGAUGUGGGACUUCCAAUAUGCAAAUCCUGAAUUUUGCAAGGUAUGUCGCAAAACAGCUCGAAGUGAUUGUAUUAAAAUUUAUGAAGCAGAGAGAAAGUGUUAAAAACUUUGUUAACGUCUUUGAGCAAGAUUUCCUUAACUACUGAUAUGUGGAGAUCAACGCAUCAAGUAGCUGAGUAUAUGGUUUUGACUGGACAUUUUAUUGAUGUUGGCUGGAAUCUUCAAAAGAGGGUUUUAAGUUUUGUUAAAGUUCCUGCUCCUCGGCGUGGUGUGGAUGUGGCAGAUGUUAUAUUCAAGUGUCUUAAAGUUUCGGGGAUUGAAGAAAAGGUAUUUUCUGUAUCAGUUGAUAAUGCUAAGUACAACGAUUCUUGCUAGAAGAACCUUAAGGAUGAUUUAUUGCUUGAAAAUUAGUUAAUGGGAAAACUGUCAAAUAGGUCCUCGAACUUUCAUAAAAAAGUCAAUUAAGUCCUUCUAUAGGAGACUCUGUCCGGUCGUCGCGAUUUGGGGCGGUUCUCGGUGGAAUUUUUUGAUGAAAUUUUUUGAGCAUCUUAUUCAUCAAGUCUAGUUUACUCAUACCAAAUUUCAGCUAAAAAUUUAAUCGGGAGCGCAUUCAAAUUAAUUUGAGAACGCAAAAAUGCGCAGUUAUCUUCAAGAAAUAAUUUGAAUGUGUUCCCGAUUGAAUUUUUAGCUAAAAUUUGGUAUGAGUAAACUAGACUUGGUGAAUAAGAUGCUCAAAAAAUUUCAUCAAAAAAUUCCACCGGGAACUACCCCAAAUCGCGACGGCCAGACAAAAUUCCACCGGGAACUACCCCAAAAUCUCUUAAUUGACCUUUUUAUGAAAGUUCGAGGACCUAUUUGACAGUUUUCCCUAAUUAAUCUGUAAUGGUAAGUUGUUUCAUGUAAGAUGUUGCGCUCAUAUUUUGAAUUUACUGGUCCAAGAUGGACUCAGUAAGAUAAAAGGUAUCAUUCAUAAUGUUCGAGAGAGUGUGAAGUAUAUUAAUUACAAUGAUUCAAGAUUGAAAUCAUUUUCUGAUAUUGUCGUGCAAAAGCAUUUGAAAGAAAGAAUGCUAAUCCUUGAUUGCCUGACAAGGAGGAAUUCAACAUUUAAGAUGUUAUCUUGUGCUUUAAGAUUCAAGAUUGUGUUCCCUGCCUACAAGGAAAGAAAGCUACAUUAUAAUAAUGAGCCAUCUCUCGAAGAAUGGUGUAAGGUUGAGAAGGUUUGUCAACUGUUAGAGGUUUUCAAUUCCGCAUCUGAUGUCAUGUCUGGCACUGAUUAUCCAACUGCCAAUUUAUACUUACCUGAGGUUUGGAGGGUUAAGCACGUUAUUGAUCAAGCGGCAGAAGAUGCAGAAUUAUUCAUGAGAUAAAUGGCAGCUGCAAUGAAAGAAAAAUUUGAUAAAUAUUGGGGGGAAUGCAGUCUGUUGAUGUCCAUUUCAAGUGUCUUAGAUCCCAGGUGCAAGUUUCAUGUUGUCAAUUAUUGUUUUCCUUUCAUUUAUAAAAUUGAAACGGUGGCUAAUAAGAACAUAGAAAUGGUUAUGACUUCAUUGGAGUCUCUUUACAAAGAAUAUGUUGAAUUAAACAACCAAGAGCAACGUUCUGGGUCAGGCACGGGCUUUGAGCAAAUUAUGCGCAUUGUUCGCGAAAAGAAAGCAAUACCACCGACGAAAUCUGAGCUAGAAGUAUAUCUAGAGGACGAUCUAUUUAUCCAUGAUAUUAGUUCUAACUCUUUUUUGUGCUUUGGAGUGGUGGAAAAACAAUAGUAUGAAGUAUAAGGUUUUAUCAAAGAUGGUUGUGGAUAUCCUAGCUAUUCCAAUCACAACAAUUGCAUCAGAGGCUACAUUUAGCGCAAGAGGAAGAGUAAUUGGUGAAUAUCGUUCAAGGCUAGAUGAAGAAACUGUUUCAGCACUUCUAUGUGUUGGGGAUUGGCUUCGCAAAAAGUAUAAUUUGAAAAAAUAAAAAAGGUACGUGAGCUUCAAGAAGAGGAAGAGAUAAUGUUGAAGAUUUGAUGCUUUACUGGUCCUUUAUGCGUUUGCUUGGGUUUGGUGCUUUGUGGACCAUGUAUUCUGAAAACUUUGCUUUUUGUUAUGGAUUGUGCUUGUUGAGUUUUGCUGAAAUUUGCAUUGAUGCUGAAAUUUUCUUUAAGCUAUUUGCUAGCUUUCUUUUGUAUUGAAAUUUUAAUUUAGAGUUUUUUUGACAUGUUAAAAGUCAUUAAGUUUCUUAUUUGGUUUGAAUGAGAUCAAUAUAUGUGGACAGUGGACUUCUACUAGUACAUUCUACUUAUUUAUUUAAUUUUUGGGAUGAUAUUUAUAGCUUAA